GCCUGGCGCACGGUGUAACGGGACGAGGAGAUCCUCCUGCGCAAAAGAGGGAACUUUGUAUGGACAUGAGGAUAUUUUCAGGGGAAAACUCGCCAUUUCUGACAGGAAAGAAGGAAUUUUAAGCGACAAAACGCGCUUCUGUCACUAUUUCUAGCUAAAGGAUAUAAUUUUACAGCAGUUUUCUUUUUUUUUUGUCGGUCAUUUGGACAUGACUGCAGUUUGACUUUUUAUGGCGAUGCGCAUCGUCCGCUGAGGGAGAGGAGGCGCGCGCAGAGAAGCCCGCCAAUGUUCACCUGGUGUCGGCGCUUCAAAGAGAGCUGCUGAGUUUAAACUUCGUCUUGAGGGACACGAGACACCGGCGUCAUGGCAGAGCACGAGAGCCUGGAGUAUGGGAAAGCCGACUUUGUGCUUCUGGACAACGUGUCCAUGGAGGAGUUCAUGGGCAACCUGAAACUCAGGUUUGAGAAGGGGAGGAUCUACAGCUACAUCGGCGAGGUGGUGGUGUCCGUCAAUCCUUACCGUGCCAUGAACAUCUACGGCCGUGACACCAUCGAGCAGUACAAGGGCCGCGAGCUGUACGAGAGGCCGCCCCACCUCUUUGCCAUCGCCGACGCUGCUUACAAAGCCAUGAAGAGGAGGAACAAAGACACGUGUAUCGUCAUCUCAGGGGAAAGUGGAGCAGGAAAGACAGAAGCCAGCAAGUACAUCAUGCAAUACAUCGCUGCUAUCACCAAUCCCAAUCAGAGGGCUGAAGUUGAAAGGGUAAAAAACAUGCUGCUCAAGUCCAACUGCGUCCUGGAGGCCUUCGGGAACGCCAAGACCAACCGCAACGACAACUCCAGCCGCUUCGGCAAGUACAUGGACAUCAACUUUGACUUCAAGGGGGAUCCCAUCGGAGGCCACAUCAGCAACUACCUGCUGGAAAAGUCGAGGGUCAUUUUCCAACAGUCAGGCGAGAGGAGCUUUCAUUCAUUCUACCAGCUGCUCAGAGGAGCUCCGGACUCCCUGUUACGCUCUCUUCACAUCCAGAAGGACCCGACAGCCUACAACUACAUCAAAGUCGGAGGCCAGAUUAAGUCUUCUAUCAACGAUGGGGCGGAUUUUAAAGCCGUGGCUGAUGCGAUGAAAGUGAUUGGUUUCACCGGGGACGAGGUUCAGACUGUUUACAAGAUCCUGGCCACCAUCCUACAUCUGGGCAACCUGACUUUCGGGGUGGACGGCGACGUGACCUUGAUAGAGAACACAAAGCUGGUGUCGAUACUCAGGGAGCUGCUGUCCACCAAAGAAGAGAACGUGGAGAAGGCCUUGCUGUACCGCACCGUGGCGACGGGCCGAGACGUCAUCGAGAAGCAGCACACGAUACAAGAGGCCAGCUACGGACGGGACGCUCUCGCCAAGGCCAUGUACGAGCGUCUGUUCUGCUGGAUCGUGGGACGGAUCAACGACAUCAUCGAGGUGAAGAACUACGACGCCAGAGUCCACGGGAAGAACACGGUCAUCGGGGUGCUGGACAUCUAUGGUUUUGAGAUCUUCCAGAACAACAGCUUUGAACAGUUCUGCAUCAACUACUGUAACGAGAAGCUGCAGCAGCUCUUCAUCCAGCUGGUGCUGAAGCAGGAACAGGAAGAGUAUCAGCGAGAAGGAAUCCCCUGGAAACAUAUCGACUACUUCAAUAAUCAGAUCAUCGUGGAUCUGGUGGAGCAGCAGCAUAAGGGCAUCUUCUCCGUGCUGGAUGAAGCCUGCAUGAAUGUGGGCAAAGUCACAGAUGAGGUUUUCCUGCAAGGACUCAACGGCAAACUGGCCAAACACGCCCACUACACCAGUCGCAAGCUCUCGCCGACUGACAAGAGCCUGGAGUUCGACAGAGACUUUCGUAUCCGGCACUACGCAGGAGACGUGGUGUACUCCGUGGUGGGCUUCAUAGAUAAGAACAAAGACACCCUGUUCCAGGACUUCAAGAGACUUCUGUACAACAGUGCUAACCCAGUGCUGAAGGCGAUGUGGCCCGAGGGCAAACUGAGCAUCACAGAAGUCACCAAACGGCCGCUGACAGCCGCGACGCUCUUCAAAAACUCCAUGAUCUCACUGGUGGAGAACCUGGCCAGCAAGGAACCGUACUACGUCCGCUGCAUCAAGCCCAACGAUGUCAAGUCCCCUCUGCUGUUCGAGCAGGAGCGCUGCCGCCAUCAGGUGGAGUACCUCGGGCUGCUGGAGAACGUCAGAGUGCGACGCGCCGGCUUCGCCUACAGACAGACGUACCCUCGCUUCCUGCAGAGGUACAAGAUGAUCUCAGAGUUCACGUGGCCGAACCACGACCUGCCGUCGGACAAGGACGCAGUGAAGAGGCUCAUGCAGGGCUGCGGGUUCGACCACGACGUCGCCUACGGCAAGACCAAGGUCUUCAUCCGCACGCCGCGCACCCUCUUCAGCCUGGAGGAGCAGCGGGCGGAGAUGGUCCAGAGAAUCGUCCUCUUCCUCCAGAAGGUGUGGAGGGGCACCAUCGCCAGGAUGCGAUACCGGCGGAUGCGAGCGGCCCUCGUCAUCCUGCGGGCCUACAGACGCUACAAGGUCAAGUCCUACAUCCGCGAGGUCAACCGGCGCUUCAAGAACGUCCGAGCCAUGAAGGACUACGGCAGGCACGUGAAGUGGCCCACGCCGCCCAAAGUCCUGCGCAAGUUCGAGGAGGCUCUCAGAAGCAUCUAUAACAGGUGGUGGGCUUGGACGCUGAUCAAAGGCCUCUCUCCAGAAGAAGCCCUGCAGGUGAGAGCCAAGGUAGCCAGCCUGGAGGCCCUGAAGGGCCAGAGGGCCGACCUGGGUCUGCAGAGGGCCUGGGAAGGAAACUACCUGAAGCGAGACAGCCCCGACAUGGCUUCAUCCUUCACACUGGUCUCCAGCGAGCUGCAGCGGAAAGACAAAUUCAUGCGAGUUCUCUUCUCCUGCAACGUGCGAAAGAUCAACCAUUUCCACAAGGCGGAGGACCGCGCUGUGCUCAUCACUGACCGCCACCUGUACAAGAUGGACCCCCUGAAGCAGUACAAGCCCAUGAAGAGCAUCCCCCUCUACAACGUGACUGGAGUGAGCGUGUCCCCCGGGAAGGACCAGCUGGUUGUGUUCCACACCAAGGACAGCAGGGACCUCGUGGUGUGCCUGCAGGGCAUGGUGCCUGCCAAUGAGAGCCGCAUCGGGGAGCUGGUUGGCACCUUACUCAGCCACUUCAAGAGCGAGAAGAGGAAGCUGCAGGUCAACAUCGCCAGUCCCAUCCAGUGCAGCAUGAACGGGAGGAAGUGCACGGUCAUCGUGGAGCCCAAGAUCAACCUCACGCAGCCGGACUUCACCAAGAGCCGAUCCGGUUACAUACUGGCUGUCCCUGGCAAUUAAAGCGGGCCGAACAUGGGCGGGGUGGGGGGGUGGGGGGAGAAAAACAGUGACAGCUGAUAUGAAACGAGGCCGAGAUGAUGAUGAUGAUGACGAUGAUGAUUCACUUCUGAUUCACUUCUGAUUCACUUCAUGUGUUUUUCACGCGGUGGCUGCUGAUAAUGUGACGAUUUAUAUAGCAGCUCCGUGGGAGGAUUGGGGUAAUUGAAAAUGCAACGCCAUGCCAAAUUUGACCUGUUUUAUAGAUUUCUAUGCAAUGUUGCUAUAAACGGGGAAGUGCACAAAACGCCUACAUGCAAAAAUGUCAUUCGCUAAAUAGGUUUAGAAAAAUGCACUACGGGAUAAUCCACCGAAGUGGUGUUCUCUUCCUUUUUAACAUCCAAAAUUUCAGAUGAUUUCGCUUUUGUGCAAUAUUUACUUCAACUGAUGACGGAAUAAUGUGGUAGUCAAGGUGAGAGGAGAUUACGCGGCAACUGUUUCUCUGAACCACUCGUGUUGCAUAAUGGGAGUUUAUAAUCCCUGCGAGUUUCUCUGUGCAGAAGCCAGAUCAAAAGUGGAAAAAAAAAAAAAAAAUGAAGUAAGACGAUAUUUAUGUACGAUUAUUGUGUGUUUUGAUGAUCUGAUCAAAAAAAAAAAAAUCGAAAGGAAUGUGUGAUUCGUAUUCUAAGGAAUAAUAAUGUCGACGCGGUAAAUGAAAGGAAACGCGUGGCGUCCACUUCCACUUUACUGAAUGUUUACAAUCACAUGUGGGGACGGAAAAAUGUGAUGCGGUCGGUUCAGUCGGCGUCGAACUCGUUGGUAGUUUGUUAGUCGCGGGAUGUGUUGAGCACGUCCUGAGCGCUGCAGCCUGCUUCAUGCAAAAGCUAUUAAUUUAAAUCCUGCUUCUUAUACUCUCUCUCUCUUUGUAAUACUCUCAUACAGCUUAUAUAUCAAAGGUUAGAAUAUACUUUAUUCAGCACAGCACUUAUAUUGCGUUCAGUAUAAAAAAAAAAAAGGGACAGACUGCAACAGAAGGCAAAUGUAAAGAUCUUUUUCGUCGUAAGGUUUAACGCUCUAGUUUAGCAGCAGAGGCCGGCGCUGUGUAAUCCCGCCUGAACUCCAGCCCCUGAGCGUUUAGUCUCAUUUGCUGUCUUUGUGCUGAGUGAAUAGCUUAGUGACUUUCAUUUGACAAAUAUCCCCCUUUCUCCAUCGCAGAGGAACGAGAGUGUGUGUGUGUGUGUGGGUACGACGGUGUGAGUGUGUCGAUUAGCUCUGUUAGCUUUCCUCUUCUUGGCUCCGAGACCGAGCGUCUGGCGAAUGGCCACGGCGAACGGGCGGAGACAGAAGGGUGUGAAAGUCUGCUGGCCUAGUUUACCUCACUUUUCCCUGUGAGCGGCAGGACUGUUUGGAGACUUGAUUCUCAUCUGCUGCGGCUGCUGCUGAACUCCAUCCACUUCUCUCUCAGCCGAUUCACACUUAUCAAAUCAUCAGCACUCGAACACUUUUUUGCUCCGUUCUCACAAUCUGUCCAAAAAAAAACCAAAAACCGCUCACUCUGCUUUUCAAGCGUUCGCACAUUUACAAUAUGUUCUGCAAACAUUUUGUGGCAGCACAGAAGCUCGUACUUUCUGGCUUUACAGUGUGUUUGAUAUUAAUAUCCAUCCACAAACUGAGGACAUAAGGAGUAAAGAGUUAAUGAAACAACCUCACCGCACGCUAGCAUUAGAGCUAAACUCAGAGAAACCAAGCCCUCAGAAAAGAGCGGCAGGCUUUGAAGCCUGCGUUCGUAGAGGCCGAUCCGUGUGAUAACAUCGUCACGUGAUGCACAAAAGUAUUUAAAUACGGCUGUAGAAUUGUAGCCAUGAGGUCCGAUAACAUUUAGAAAGUCUGGAAGAGCCCAAAAAGUUGAAUAAUUUAUUCUCACCCUAGCUAGCCGAGCCCGAACAGAUUCUUCUCAUGAUCGUUUCUAGCUAGUUUUGAUUAGAGGUCGUCAUGGUGGAGAGAAAAGCAAACAUCACAAACUGUCAGGAUGAGAAAAGACAAAUUGUACCACGCCUCUCCCCUCAGAGAAUUGUCUGUAUUGUCUCGGUGUAAAGACUGCCGGCUGAGGAGCGACAGCCCAAGGUUAUGAAUCAGCGCUCCCUCGGUGUCUGGCCUAGUUGAGGCACUUUAGUCCAGCGAGGAGGGAAACUUUACCACCAGCCUCUUAAGCCGCGGCGGCACAGCCGCUCUAAUUGUUGCCCGAACACCGGUCGUUUAUCUUAAUUAGUUUGCGAGCGCCGGCGUCUUUUUGAGGAAAAGCAAAUCUCCGUUCUACCUCGCGCCGGCUUUUGUCGGCGGCCGACCUUGUCCUGUCGCUCGAUGAGGCACUUGGACGCGGGGAGGAGUUGUUUGGGGAAAAUGGUGCAUUCACAGCGUGGAUUAAGGAAGUGACAUGGGUAGCUUUAAGGAGCUCAGGCGCAGGAGCUGCCUCUGAUGAGUGUGUGUGUGUGUGUGUGUGUGUGUGUGUGUGUGUGUGUGUGUGUGUGUGUGUGUGUGGACUAUAACGCUGCAGCUCUCCAUAUCCUUCAGCAUGGUAAUCUCCCACAGGGCCUCUCCUCCUCUCGACUCCGCUAUUCACCGCUCAUCAUUAGGAUGGACUCCGUGUCACUUCUCACUUCAGCGCUUCUCUCUCGGCUUUCUUAAGGCAAAAAGGGGGGUUGGUGAACAAAGCCUCGCUUGGCCUCCUCCUCCUCCUCCUCCUCCUCUUCUUCUUCUCAACUCCCUCUUCUCUCUUUUUUUUUUCUCCCUCUCUCCUUCCUCUGUCAAAUCACUUCGCUCCUCGCCCACUUGGGCCGACUCUACCAUCCUGCAGGGCAGUGAAGGUUUUUCCUAUUUUUCUGUUUUGUUUUGUUUUUUUUCCUUCCUUCCUUCCUUCAGCCGUCUUGUGCCCGGGAGGCGUGGAAAUAAAAAAGGGAAACUACACCAGCAACAAGAACAAUAGGAGCACCAUGCAGCAACAACAAGUACAUAAGCCAGACAUGUAAAUGCUGUGGAAGCAGAACCUAUUAAAGGAUCAGGAUGAUGUCGUUCUAUAUCUUUAUUAUUACUCUUAACAAAGUGAUUAUUCUGGUGUGCAAACCCGAUUAAGUUGGUUGUCACAGGUUUUUCCUAAAUAACAGUUCAUAAAUGGGUAUGAAGUAAUGUCAAAUAUGAAUUAAAAGGAAAAGUUCACCCAAACAUUUUGAUGCAGUUAUUAUCUACCCACCUUUAUGCUGAUGGAAAGUCAGGUGAAGUUUCGUAGUCCACGAAACAUUUCUGGAGCUUCACGGCAAAACGAUCAUCGCAGUAUUUUCCUAAACAUCUGAAGUAGCCGGGGACUUUUUUUUUUUUUACAUAAAAAAACCCCCCACAUAAAAUGGCUCCAUACAGCUCAUCUGUUGUAAUCAAAGUCUCUGGAAGCCCCAAGAUCCCAAACUGAUUUGCAAAGAUGUUUCUUACACCUCCUUGCCGCGUGGUCAAGCUUGUUGCGAAGCUUAAAGCGUUAGCAAAAGCACCCUGCAUGCUAACACUUUUAGCUUCGCAGUUGCAGAUUUCAGGUUGGAAAAGAUCCCAAACUGAUUUGAAAAGACGUCAUUUCCGCCCUUUUUAAAGCCGACAUGUUUAUUAUUGCUGCUAAGCUAAAAGCGUUAGCCCUGUUUUACGUGAAUGCACGAGCUUGACGAGAAAUAACAACUUUUCAAAUCAAUUUGGGCAGUUUUCUCGAGUUUUAAACGACACUGCACAAGCUGUUUAAUCACAUUAAAGUCGCCAUCUGCUUCAGUCGUUCAGGAGAACGCUGCAGCUCCAGAAAUGCUGUGAAGCUUUUUGUGGAUGAUGAAACUUCACCUUCCAUCAGAACAGAGUUGAGCUGAUAAUGACUGGAUUAGAUUUUCUUGCCGAGCUGUCGUGCCAUUGUGUUUCCCCUUCACUCUCCUCUGUAGCGGGAUCUUAUUGGUAGUUUUCAGUUCAUGUCAGCCAAAGAAUGACGACAAAUUCUUUAUUCAUAAUUUAUUCUAUAUACUGUCGCAUUAAGCAAAAAACAAAGAAAAAAAAAACUGUAUGUAUGCACCACCCAUUCAGCAAGUGCCUAAUUUUAUAUUAAGUUUAUAUUUUGCAUAUUUUGUGAUUACGUACCGUAAGAUAUACUGUAAUAUCCCGAUCAAGUCUAAAGGAAAACUUUACCGUCGUGAUACUGUUUUUGUGCAGAUGUUUUCUGUGUAAAUGCAGAUGAUGCAUUCCAUGAUGUUCCAUAAUGAAAAUAUUUCAUUAAUCAUUUUAUUAAUAAAUUUAUUUGCUUCA